AUGGCCCCCAAACCCGCCUCCACUGCCGGCAAGGCCCCUGCUUCCACCGCCUCCAAGGCUCCCGCCAAGUCGUCCGAGGGCGCAAAGGCUGCUAAGAAGACCGCGAAGGCGGCUGCCCCCGCUGACGGUGACAAGAAGAAGAGAAAGAAGAUCAGAAAGGAGACUUACUCCUCCUACAUCUACAAGGUGCUCAAGCAGGUCCACCCUGAUACUGGUAUCUCCAACAAGGCGAUGGCUAUCCUUAACAGCUUCGUCAACGAUAUCUUCGAGCGCAUUGCCACUGAGGCUUCCAAACUUGCUGCUUACUCCAAGAAGUCCACAAUCUCCUCGCGCGAAAUCCAGACAUCUGUGCGCCUCAUCCUGCCCGGAGAGCUUGCCAAGCACGCCAUUUCUGAGGGUACCAAGUCAGUAACGAAGUUCUCGUCAGCGGGAGCCAAGUAA